CCCACACCAAAACGAAUACUCCAGAAACAGUUAUGAAAUCGAAAAGCACUUUCACUUUGUUUGUCUUUCUUUGUGUAUGUAUCGCAUACAAGAAGUUCAGCUCCAGCCAAGCUCAACGCAAUCAAUGUAACCGCAGCGAAUGUGAAUGAUAAAUUUGUUUAGCGUGCAGUGUGAUCACGUAAACAUCAAAUUACAAAUAGAAAGUAGCAACCGUUAAUUCGAACAACUUUUUUUUAUCGAAAUUUCCGGAACCAAAAAACAAUUCCGUUGAAGAAAAGUGAAUAAUCUAGGAAAAUUUUCAAAAUGUUGAAAAGAGCUUUAUACGCCUUUGUUAUUUUGUGCAUGUUUGGACUACCAUCAAUAAUAGCAUCAGUUCAGCCCCGUGCACCCAAUUUCCAAUACUUUGAACGGCCAAAGUAUCGUUAUCCAUACUAUGAUGAAAAUGGUCGAGGUAAACUACUCUAUGGAUACGGUGGACCAGAGCUUUAUCAAUACAGAAGCUAUUCACCAUUAGAGGGAAUCCACUAACACAACUGACUCAAAUUUUAAA